AUGGCCGGCGGUGAAAACAUGAUGACUGCGUUGGUGUCGGCGGAGGUGGAGGCCGAGAUGGACCUAGAGUUAUUGUCAACUCGCGUCGGGGUGCCCAACUUUGAGUUCGCCUUCAAUUCGGAGGUCUUCUCCAACAUGGUGAUGCAGAUAGAGGUCAUCACCGGCGGCGAUGUCGGUGGAGGGUCUCUCCUCAUAGGCGAUGACAAUAAGAAAGAGAUAAAUUUGGCACUAGCACAUAUGCGGUUACAUGGCAGAUCCAUUUGUCAGGGAUUAGUGAUUGAGGCAACAGUGAAACACCAGACUGCUAGUAUAAGUUUUGCACGUGAGAUCUUAUGUCGAUGGGUGAUCGUCAAGAUCAAAGAUUGUGGGGAUCCCUUUUUAGAGAUUCAGUCGGGGGUCGCUAGUGUUGACGAGGGCCUCAACUUCCCGGCAGUCCUCGAGGUCGUUCCUGGUGGAAAGAUCCACCGGGCACCACCUGCCGGUGCCCCCCAUCGAAAGCGCCUCUUACGGUCCGGGACGUCGCGAAGCUGCGGUGUUCAAACAUAUCAAUCCCCUGUUCCUGCAGAAGUAGAAUACAAUCAAUCCACUGCAACUGAGACUAGCCACAGGACAAUGGCUGAUAAUGGACAGAUAGACUGUUUCUCAACCAUGGCAAGUACACCAAUUUUAACAGUAAAGACCCUUCAUAUCAAUUCAGCGAUUCUUGCUGCAGGAAGUCGUUUCUUUCUAAAGCUUUUCUCAAAUGGCAUGAAUGAAUCUGAUCAGACGCAUCCAAGAAUCAGGAUUGCUGAUUCAGAGGAAAAAGCCUUUAUGGAGCUUUUAAGCUUCAUGUACAGUGGAAAGUUGACAACAAUUGAGCCCACUCUUCUGCUCGACAUCUUAAUGGCUGCCGACAAAUUUGAGGUUCUUUCUUGCAUGAGGUACUGCAGUCAGCUGCUCAGAAGCCUGCCUAUGACCACAGAAUCUGCACUGCUAUACCUAGACCAUCCAUGCUCCCUUUCAAUGGCUGCUGAAGUUCAGAGUGUGGUAGGUGCAGCCAGGGAAUUCCUUGCUGAGAAAUACAAGAUUUUAGACAAGUUUGAAGAAGUGAUGAACAUCUCUCUUUCUGGAAUCGAGGCGAUCUUUUCGAGCACUGACAUACAAGUAGCAUCUGAAGAUGCGGUAUAUAACUUCUUGCUCGAGUGGGCCCGUGCGCGAUACCUGGAACCGGAGGAAAGACGCGAGAUCUUGAGCAGCCGUUUGCUUCCGCUGGUACGCUUCAGUCAUAUGACAUGUGCCGCACUUCAGGAGAUCCUAGCAUGCACUGAUGAUGAUAUAGACCGUGAGCAAGUAACCAAGCACAUCAAUGAGGUCCUCCUCCACAAAGCUUACCCAACCCAGAUGGAAGGUGCUCUUGCAGCAGAUGUAUCAACUCUCGAUUGGCAAUCUGUUGAGCGAACUUACGGGUCCAAACAUGUGAAAGCGGUUGCGUUUGAUCGACCUUACCCACAGGUUAUAGUUUACAUGGAUCUAACGCGUGCCGAAUGCUCCGGAUUCUUCCCAUCAGGAGUUAUAUUGUCGGACUGGUUCAAUCUCGCAGGUCAGAAAUUCUAUCUCAUGGCAAACUGGGUACUGGAUGAGGAGACAGGGUUGUACAGCUUUGGCCUCUGGUUAGGGAUAUAUGGAAAUUCUAUCUCAGGCUCGUCGUGUUUCGAUAUUGAGUUUGCUGCAAGGACAAGAUCGUCAGGAAAAUUCUUGAGCAAGUACGGCGGUAGGCACACAUUCAGCGGGUCUUUGCUGGAGGGAUGCGAUGAUCUUUUUGGAGUUCCAUGGUCGACGUUCAUUGCGGACGACAGCCUCUUCAUUGACGGUGUGCUGCAUCUGAGAGUUGAUCUGACUGCGGUGGAGCAGCCUGAAUUACAGACCUGA